GCGCUUGAGCGCGGCAGAUGCGGUCUCGGCGGACUGCCUGAGGAGAGCUAUGGCCGUGAACGGGCUGACGGUUGCGGGCCUCGCAGAGAGCGCGUUCUCCUUGGCGCACAGGGCGGCGCGGCCCCAGCUGGCGCGGGCGGCGCGGGAGCUCGAUUGUACCGCUGCCGGGCAGUCCCGCUGGCUGCGGAGCUCGUGCAAACUCUGGACCGUGGAAGGACCGGCGGCCCCAGGCUCUGUCCUUGCGGGCGCUGGAGACGGCGGUGGGCUGGCAGCCCUGGCCGCGACGCUUGAAGCCGUGGGCGGACUGGCCAACGAGGGGGCCGCGUUCCCGGAGGUAGGCAUACUCUUUCUUGGCCAGCAAUGGUGGCCGCACGUUGCACGCCACCAUUGGUGGAAGAAGGACAGCCGCCUGAGUGGCGAGGGCGGCGCGGAGGAGCACCUGCGCAUCAACGCCGCCCUCGAGAAUGCAGCGCGCUUCGACCAGUUGAACUUGGCAGAGGUGGGCAGAUUCGAGCUCCUGGACUGUCUGCAGAUCAUCGAGGAGAAGUGCCGAGAGCGGACGGCGGGAGCUUCGGACCCAGUGAGCAUGGGCCAGCGCCUGCGCCCGGGGACGGAGCGCGCGCGCGGUCAGUCAGGCCCCCGCCUGGGUUUCGCACGCCCGACGCAGCUUUUACUCGCAGUGCAUCUCUUCGGGCUCGAGCCCAACCUGGACUGGGUGGGCCUCCGACGGCGGGGCAUCUCCCCGCUGCCGCCGCUCGCGCUCCACAGCGGCGCGGGUCGGUCUGGCGCCGGGCGCGGCCACGCCGUUGACCAGCGGCGCGGGAGGGGCGACAAGAUUAUCGGCUGGGCCAGCGACUGCAUCGACUCGCUGAAUUCGGCCUGCAGGCGCGCGAAGUCCGAGCUGCCGCCGCGGCCGGCCAUUGCUGCCUGGCGGGAGGCGGCAUGGAGUGUCUGGGCCCAACGCGCAGUAAUCUGCGCUGGAGAGCGAGGCCGCCGGCCCGCGGUGGAGGCCUGCUUGCGAGGGCCCUACACUGACAGCGCUCUGACGGGCAGGCCAGGGCGCUAUAGCCAGACGCCGGGCUUGGGCCGCAAGGUCCACGAGAUGGCCGACGCCUCUAAGGGCGCCGAUUUCUUGGAGGGGGGCUCGUCCGCGGUCGCCAUCGAUCCGUCGCCGCGCCGCGUGGUCGCGGGCGAGGCCGACAUCCCGUGCCCCGAGGGCGACUCCGCGACAUUGGCGGCCAAUCACCUGAUCCACAACGCGAGAGCGCCCCGCGCGCGGCGGGGGCGCCGGCGGCCCGGCCACGCGGGUGCGGACCUCGAUUCGCUGAGUGUCACGUGGGCGCUGCUCGUGGGCCUCUUCGCCCACCUCUGCCUCGGGUCGGACGCGCGAUGGCAGGCGCUCCCUGCUCCCGGCCACCGGCGCCCCGACGAGCUGGGGCGGGCGGCGCGCCCCGCGCGGCCCUUGGCGGCGAGUUGCUCUGCGGCCUGGCGGACGCGCGUGCCGGCGCCCCUGCGACGGCACAACAAGGAGUUCAGGCUGCUGGCCGCCCUCGACCCGGCGCGCCUGGAGGCUGGGGCCUUCGGCCAGCCGCCGGCGGCCAACCUGCAGCAGUUCCGCGGCCCCGCCGACCUGCGCGCCCGGAUCGCGCGGGGGCUCGCCGCGCCCGCGCUCGGCGACGGGCGCCGCUGUGCCCCCGCGGGCACGCGGCGCCCACGGCGCUGGGCGGCGGCGCCGCUGACCGCCUCCGAUGCCGACGUCGCCCGGCACCUCCACCGCCGUUUCGGCGCUGAGAUGAAGCGACCUGGCAGGGAGAGGCGCGCGCUGCGAUUUCGCUGUGCCCUGGACUUUUCGGAGGCCACGGUGCCCUUUCCGA